AAUGUGUGUCAGUGACAGUGAUAGAAGACAAUAUAAAAAAAUCAUAAUUUAUUCGGUUCGUUGUUCGGUUUCAUCAUAAUCAUAAAUAAUAAUACACUAUUAUACUAUACAGUGGAAAAAUAAUAUUUUAAUUUAAAAUAUGUCUUUCUAUACCAAAUAAAGAAUGCUUGCGAUUUAUCAAAAUAAUAAACGUAAGUUGAGGUUCUAUUCUCCCAAAUCUUUGGGCGACUUAGAUCAUCGGAUAAGUAGGUACUAGAAAAGUGGUUCUAACUUAUAACAACGAAUAACAAAUACUACAAUCGUUCCUACAUUUUUAAUCUAACCAUUCGAAGUCCAAUAUCCUUUAAGAAUCUCAUAUGAACUACAAAGAUGGAUUGGAGCGCAGUUAGGAACCAUUUCAAACAAACAUCAUUGACAACUGCCCUGAGUCUUGUGCUAUUCUCUGGAGUUACUUACUUUCUAUUGUGGGCUGAGAGUCAGACCAUCCAAAGCAAUCUAAUAUUGGAUGAGCUGGUAUCAGCUGCAGAGAGCAUCGAUGUCCACAAUGGUGAUGUAGCUGCACGUUAUGAGGGCCGUAUAGUUCACAUACUGGGUCCACUGCGAAUUCUUGAGCCUAUAUCUGAGCCUGACUAUAACAUACAGGUGCAGGCAGUCAAGUUACGGAAGAGGGUUCAAAUGUAUCAAUGGAUUGAAGAGGCACAAGAUCAAGAGAAUUUCCUGAGUGAACCUGCAGAUGAAUCACACAAGACAUAUUGGUACCACAAAGAUUGGAGGGAUUACAUUGUGGACUCAUCCUUGUUUUAUAUAAGGCCCGGCCAUCACAACCCUACUUCAAUGCCUAUCUUCAGUGAGACUCAUAUAGCAGAUAAUGUGAAGAUUGGAUUUCUUUAUUUAGGUAUAGAUGUGAAGCGCAAAGUGAAUGAUUACUAUGAAAUAUGGUCUGAUUCAAGACCAGAGCGGAGUGAUAUCAAAUUACAUUCCGGAUUUUAUUAUCAUGGCGAAAGUGCUCUAGAACAUGAUAUUGGCGACUUGCGUAUACAUUUCUCGUAUGCCGGACGCGAGGACGACAUUUACACUGCUGUAGGAUUAGUAGAAGGUGGCACUUUACAAGCAUACACUUCCCCGGCCUUCCCCGGCGCGGACCCGCUGGCGCUGCUCCGCAAGGGCUCCUACAGCCUCCGGCAGCUGCACGACCUAGAGCGCCGCGACGCCAACCUCCACACUUGGAAAUACCGGAUGCUGGGCUUUGUUCAAGUAUUUGCUUCAGCCAUGACUCUCCAUCCGGAUUGGAUCACAUUGUUUCUCCAGUGUUCAUGGAUAUCCAGCAGCUUGAGACGAUGCACAAGAUUGUGGGUCAACUUUAUUCUCUCUUUUUCGUAUACACUCUUCAUCAUAUCAAUACCUUGGUUGAUACACAAGCCCACGUUCGGUGCACUGGUGUUGGGCGGGGCCCUUCUUCCAAUCUUGCAUUAUUCUACAUUCCUCACUCGUCGGGAAGUGACGCCUGAGCCUCCGCCAUACAAUCGCUGGAUGGACAAUCGCUGAAGAGAAGAAGAGAGGUCUAGAACCUUCCUUGCGUCCCUUGUUCCUAUCCUGUCCUGUUGGUACAAAAUCGUCAAACGUCCAUAGUACAAGUGUACGAUUCAAACAAUGAUAAGAGAUGGGCUAGUAAUUUAUCGCGGUGAGAAUAUUUUUGACUGAUUUAUAUUUCAAUUAGUUGUAAUCUUAAUUGAAUAUGUGUUUAUUUUCAAGUGCUUUUAUACAAUCAAAUUCCCAGAUUUGCCAUCCAAAUUUUAAUGCAAAGUAUGUGUUUUUAUUCAGAAGCUUAAUAUAAAUAAAUAUUAAUUUUGCCAUUGUAGUAGUCAUUAAUUUUGGAAUAUUUAUUUUAUCUUUUUAUUCUAGUCAGAUUAACUUAUUUGUAGUAAAUAAUUUGCUAUAUUUGUAACUAUCAUAUCUUAGUUUAAGUAUGGUUUAAAACUGUUUUUAUAAUUAUUUUUAUCUCGAAUAAUGUGAUAAAAUAUAGAUAGUCAAGCAGACCAAACCUUUUAUAUAUCCUUUUUUAGAAUUGAAACCGGUUGUGACUAAACUUCCUGCAAUAAAAAAUAGCUAUACAAA